AUGAUAAUGAAUCAAUCGGAUCACAGUCGGGCAGCAGUUCCCAGCCGCCGUUCCGCCGCCGCGCACCGCUCGUUAAACGGCCAGGUAAGAAAGCAAGGGCCCACCGGAGAUAAGGUCAAUAAAUGCGCGCCUCCGUCGCACAUAAUUAAUAAGCUGCCAGUGAUACUACUAUCUGGGGAGCAAUUACCGAAAUGCCUUGGCUGUGCACAUGUGUAG